AUGCCGGAAAAGCUGUCGGGCCAGCAGACUGCAGGAAAGGGGUCGCGUCAAGUGCAAUCCAGACCGUCCAGUCCUUCGGGAAAUGAAAACGCCGCUUUGGGAGAGACCCCCGGCCGCAGGCGAUUGCAAAAGCACCCUUCGACAACCCUUCUAUCCGAGGCCUCUUCCCACACCCCAAACAACCCUGUUGGAUCUAGACUUAGUGCUCUGACCAAGAGGAGGCUCUCUAUUCGCGAUCAGAAGGUGCCUCAGGGCCCGCGACCACAGGACCAGUCACGCAGUUCGGGCGCGGUUCAACACUCCGGCAACUCCUCCAUUGACUCGACGAACGAUUCCCUGAAGAACAGCAACUCUCGUGUUAACCUCCGGACCACCAGCAUGAGCAAUUUUGCUAACCAGAAUCCGUCCGAGAGCAUGGAAUUCCUUGCCCCUGUCAACUUCGAUGAUUUUCAUAAUAGCAUAAUGGCAGAACCGAGUUUAAGCCAGUUCCCCAUGCCUACCAGCGGAGCAACUGGAUACGACCGACAGCCAUCGUCUUUUCAUCCCACUAAUCCUUGGGCUAACAAUAGCACCGACAAUGACACAUCUGGCCAACCUAAAAACUACACGUCACGGAGAAAGAGCAUUGUUGGGCAGAAUCCUUCUACGGAUGCGCCUUCUCGCCCCCCGGCAUCCACAGCAGCUAGUCGAAAUCGUCGUCAGAGUCUUGUUCAAAAUCAAGCACCAGUCAACUCCACCCAACGGGCACCACGAAAAUCAAUUGGGCCUGGGUCCCUGCCUGGGUCCCUCCCUACAACUGCAACUGCACGACGACAGAGCCUGUCAGCUAGAAAAGCCAGUGCCGACACUGCUCAAACACAUUAUCUUCGCCCGCGGAGUCAGCAUCCUGAAGUCAACGGGAAUAAUGCCCAGAGGCUUCCGACCAAUGUUCGGAGUGCAAAGGCCAAAUCAUUCCAACCUCCAUCAGGCGAAAUGGGCGACAAUUUCUUGACGACGGCUGGGCUUGGCGACCACUCUCGAUCCUCAUCCACAAAUGCUGUUAGAACGCCUGUGAAAAAUUCCGCUGGGGAAGCCACAACACCGACAUCAUCGUCUAAGCGGGUAUCAAUGAUGCCCCCUCAUGCGACGGGUCUUGGUGCACGUACAAUUAGUCCGACUGAUGCCCGACGAUUAAAGCGGCUCUCAACGGCACCUCAAUCCCAUCCAGUGCCAUAUACUCCUCCAAGCCAAACCGAACCUUUGCCUGUGCGUCCGCGCUCAUCAACUUACUCGCCUUCAAGUAUUCCACGAAAGAGUGCAACACCUUCCUCCUCGCGCACAACACCUGAUCCGAACCGGAAAUCGUACAGUUCGGGUCUGUCUGUGUCGUCAAGCACGAGCUACAACUCUGCGAGGAAUUCUGGUGGGUCACUCCAAACACGACUCUCUCAAAACUUCUCCUCGUCUCGACUCCCGACACCGAAGCCUCGUGUAGAACAACAAUCUGUGACUACUAGCGAAGAGGUUCCGCCAGUUCCUGCUAUCCCAAAGGCAUACGAGUCGCCAAAGAGCGAAAUGGAUCAGCCACAAUUUCCCAUACCGCGCAAAUCGAGUUUGCCUUUGGAGAUUGAACUUUUGAAAUCCAUGCACGUCUCGGACCUGAACUCGAACGUUGGGCGGCAGAACUCGGAGGCCUUGGAUGAACGUGCAAUGAAGACCCCCGAAGCCAAACACCAGCCCACCGCGGCCUUUGGAAGGAAAAACAUGAAGCUGCCACCGUUAAACUUACUUCCUCUAGGGACACCAAUGACAUCAAAAAUUGAGGCAUUAACAGAUAAGGACGACGAUAACUAUCCGUCCACCCCGUCAGCGCAAGUGAUUUCCAAAACUCCAAGCACGCCUUUGACAGCUUCCAAAGCAAACUUUUUCUCCUUCCGUGAUGACGAAGAUACGAACCUGCUUCCCCAGGCACGAAGCAGCACGUCGCAUUUCGCCCUGAGUACUUCAUCUAAUAUUGGGCUAAGAACAGCUAGCAGUUCUAGUGCCCUGGCUUCUCAUGAUGGCACGCCCGGGGGUGCUAGAACUGUAUCACCUUACAUCUCCUACACCUUACCCAAAAGCAAUAGCGAAUUUAACCAUCUGCGCCAAAAGCCGAGCGCGGAUUAUUCAUCUAGGAUAUCCCAGUCAUACAAAUUGACUGGCCCUCGUCCUCAAACCCAGUCGUCCGCUAUCUCAAACGCCGAUACCGUUAGCCAGAUUUCGACACCUUCUGAUCCCGAUAAUAAUGGCUUGCCCAACUCGUCUUUACGCAACAAAAUUACAUUGUCACGGAAGCGGAGCAAUUCUAAACCACAAGGCGUCAAUGCCACUACUGACCCCAAGAAGUCCGAGCUGAUGCCUCCUCCCAAGCUUCCGGCUUCGGCCACUUGGAACAAUCUCUCGACCGCAAAGAACUCGAGUCCAACUUUGAAGCCAGCCUAUCUGAAGUCUAGGCGGCAGUCAUCGUUGUCGAACGCGGCAAACCCCGCUCUCAGAAAACCAAGCUUUAGCAGCGAUCAAAACCUGUCGUUGUCUCCGACCGUCUCCCGCGAAUCCCAUGAAAGCGACAACUCCCAGCACCGCUCCGCAUCUUCCAUUCUUUCCCCAGUACAUAAGAUAAUUAGCUCGGCCAAAUCUAACAUGGCAGCGACCUCUGGAUCAGCUGAAAAUCGCGCCGAAACCGAGAUUACGAUUGCAGAUGAGGAGAUGCGGCGGCUUGGCACUAAGCGCAAGGAUUUCGAAAAAGCUGCAAGGGAGUUGGACGACCUACGACACAGAGCUGGACCCAAAGAUCGUGUCAAUCCUGCCCAAGCCAUAAGAGUGGCUCAUCUCAACAUAUUUGAACGUGGGGAGAUAAUCGACUUUAAGGACGUCUAUUUCUGCGGUACCCAGGAUGCAAAGAAGCACGUUGGGGAUUUGAGCGCUUCGUCCUCGAACUUCGGCUAUGACGACGAUCGUGGAGACUACAACAUUGUUCUUGGUGAUCAUAUGGCCUACCGCUAUGAGGUUAUUGACGUCUUGGGUAAGGGCAGCUUUGGCCAGGUUGUCCGGUGCAUCGACCACAAGCAUGGAAUCCUGGUUGCAAUCAAAAUCAUCCGCAACAAGAAACGAUUCCACCAGCAAGCCUUGAUAGAAGUCAACCUCCUUCAAAAGCUCAAGGAAUGGGAUCCCCAUCGCCGCCAUAGUGUGGUUAAUUUCACCCAGAGCUUUUACUUCCGAGGUCAUCUAUGUAUAUCUACUGAACUGCUGGGGAUCAACCUCUACGAAUUCAUCAAGGCCCAUGAUUUCAGAGGAUUCGGUAUCAAGUUGAUCCGUCGGUUUACCCGGCAAAUCCUUCAUACUCUCACGCUGUUGCAGGCAAAGAAAGUCAUCCACUGUGACCUUAAACCUGAAAACAUCCUUCUUGUCCAUCCUUUGAACUCUGAAAUCAGGGUGAUUGAUUUUGGCUCCAGUUGUUUUGAGAACGAGAAAGUAUACACAUACAUUCAAAGUCGUUUCUACCGCUCACCCGAGGUCAUCCUUGGUAUGUCCUACGGCAUGCCAAUCGACAUGUGGAGUCUAGGAUGUAUACUGGCUGAGCUCUACACCGGCUAUCCGAUCUUCCCUGGAGAGAAUGAACAGGAGCAGCUUGCGUGCAUCAUGGAGGUCUUUGGACCACCGGAAAAACAUUUAAUUGAGAAGAGCACUCGAAAGAAACUUUUCUUCGACUCUCUGGGCAAGCCAAGAAUCACGGUCUCUUCAAAGGGCCGGAGACGACGUCCGAGCUCGAAGGAGCUGAGGCAGGUACUGAAAUGUGACGACGAGGCCUUUCUGGACUUCCUUUCGCGCUGUCUUAGAUGGGACCCUGCUCGCCGCCUAACUCCAAGCGAAGCUCUCAGACACGAGUUCAUGACGGGACACAAAAUGACGCCACGGCCAAGACCGUUUGGAAGCCAUUCUCCUGGGAAGAGGGUGAAUACUCUUGCCACUCCAACUACAGGCCGCCCUCUUCCAGAACCGCCUGGUACAACAUAUAAGCGAAACCGCGAUCCUUCGAACCCGUCGCCCGUAAAGGCGACUUCUGGCAAGCGUCAUUCAACCGUCAGCGGAUUACCCCCGUCGACACCCGCCAAGCGAGGUACGAAUACCGCGACCACGCCCGGUUCUGCGUUGCCUCGUGUUUCUGCAAGGAGUCUCAGUGGGAAGCCCGAUCUUGCAACUGCGGCCGCGGCGACAAGCUUGGUAGGUAGACCGGCUGAUACACAGGUCCAAACCUGA